AUGGACUCCUCAAACCAACGCAACGGCGUACGCUCUGGUAGUGGCUCGCAUCUAUCGAGCGAUAGAGCCAACGGAUCCCAGACACCGAACAACUCAAACUUCUACGGGAACGGGAACCAGAACAAGACGCCGCCCUCUGGAUCUCUCGACUUCGCUGGGGAUAAUAUGGAAGAGAGCCCUUUUAUCGACUACAAUGAUCUCGACUUUGGCCUUGAGGACAACUUUGAUUUUAACGGUCAAGAGGAUGGAGCGAUGAUUGACGGCAUUGCGGAAGAAUUACUUUUGGAAGGUGAUUCUGAGCUUCACGAGAAGCGGAAGAGUCCCGAAGAUGACUCCGAGGAGGGUAAUGAUAAGAAGAGAGGCAGUGAGGACAAGUCGGCCAAGAAGCCAGGCCGGAAGCCUUUGACUUCUGAACCCACAUCGAAGCGCAAAGCUCAGAACCGUGCAGCUCAAAGAGCCUUCCGGGAGAGAAAGGAGAAGCAUCUUAAGGAUUUGGAAACAAAGGUGACAGAGUUGGAAAAGGCCUCGGAGUCUGCUAAUCACGAAAAUGCCCUUCUUCGAGCUCAAGUUGAGCGGUUGGCGACCGAACUUCGGGAGUACAGGAAGAGAUUGUCUGGCAGCACGGUCGGACGUGCAACUGCUGGGUCUGGCUUACCCUCAUACAUUGCGAACCGGGCAAAUGUAGGACCUGGAAACAUGAAUUUCCAGUUUGACUUCCCCAAGUUUGGCCAGUUGCCUGGCUCGAGCAUUUUCAAUAACACUGCCAUCACUCGGAAGGGCAGUGAAGGGAUGUCUCCUGGAAGUUCUAGCAAGACAAGCCCAACUGAUACAAACAUGAGUCCCAAGACUUUUGUCAGCCAAAAUUCAUCCAUGGCAACCUCGACAAAUUCAAACGGUGUAGGAAAGCCUCAAGUCAACGGUAACAGCGCGAAGAAUAACAACUCUGACGAACUUUCCGGGCUGUUUAGUCCUAGCUUCCUGCAGGGCUUCAACUCGAAUCCGAAUAACGACUACAAUAAAUUUGGUCAGAAUGCCAACAAGGCUACGAACGGUUAUGGGGACCAGCAAGGUAUGAAUUCCUCGACAAACGGAAAUGCAAACUACGCUGCGUCCUCUGGCUCAGUUUCGGCCUCGCCAUCCAUAUCAUCACUAUCGCACAAUGGCCCGUCAUCAUCAUGUGCAACUUCGCCCGAGUCAAGCAACAACUCGCCCAGCAAGCCCGGCGAGAACGGCUUGAAUCCCAUUUGUGAGGAAGGUGUUGUUUGUCACGGAAAUACCGAUGCUGAGAUAUCGUUCUGCGAGAAUCUCAACAUGGCUUGCGGUAACCACAAGAAUCCUGUUCCGCGAGCCAUGUCAGUCUCUAGCCCUAGCAUGGCAGGCUUAGGAGCGAAGUCUCCCAAGAGCGAUGUCAAUGGCUUCAACUGGCUCGCUGAGCAGAACGGUGGUAGCUUUGAUCCCAUCCUCUUUGGCGAAUAUCGGGAACCCCAGGACAACAUUCUCUCCAACGAGUUCGGUGGCUUCUUCAGUGACGCCUUUCCCCUUCCAGACUUUGGCAGCCCGCUCAACUUUGACGGCCAAGCUGCUAAUGCCGCUGCUGCUGCUCCGGCCCCCGCUCCCGCUCCCGCUCCUGCACCCAAGCACGAUUUGCUUGAACAGGUCGACCACAUCCAGAACGCCGAGGAGGAUGAAGAAGAGGAGGUUGUCCCCGGCGAGGAUCGUGCAAGGAUGCUCAACUGUAACAAGAUUUGGGAUCGUCUCCAAACCAUGCCCGAGUUCCAAAACGGCGAACUCGACGUCGAUACCCUUUGUACCGAGCUCCGGACCAAGGCGCGCUGUUCAGAGACCGGUGUAGUCAUUGACCAGAAAGACGUCGACCUGCUUCUUGCCCGCAAAAAUCGUGCCGGCAUGUAA